AUGACCACAGAUAUAUCUUCGUCUUUUUGUGUGAUUUUAAACAUUUUCAAACUGGUAUUUUACACAUUUGUGCUUUUAUUAUUUAUUGAUCGUUAUUUACAACAGGCGCUUGCACUGGAAAACAUUGUACGCAGAAAUGCUGAGAACACAGAACGUAUCAUGAAAAAUGCCAUUGGCUAUGUGGUGUCGAAUAAUGCUCUGGGAACUGUAGUACAAUCCACUUUCGACAAUAGCACUUCUGCUGGCAUAACCAAAUUAAUUAGUGGUGUGCUAGUACCAACUGCACGCAGCGCCGUGCGUGACUUGGAUACCACUAAUGAUCUGACGUUUCUUCGUAUUGUCACUAGAAAGUUUGAAUAUUUAGUCGCUCCAGAAAAAGAAUUCACGAUUGUUGUAAUGCAAUAGUAUUUUAAUAUGAUUAUAUUUUUGAAUGGUUCUAAUGUUCUAAUAUAGCAAUUUAUUUUAAAAU